AUUUCCCUCAUAAGGAUAAAAAUUUCCCCAGAACAGUGUGCCAAUGUCUCUUCUGAAAUGUGGUUAGAUAGGACAUGUGUGGCUGGAUACUCAUGAUGAAGGGCGGAGGCGGGAGCGAGGGGCUUGUUGCUGAGAAACAAGCAAAGGCUUAUGUGCUCAUAUUAUUCUAAUCUCUGCGUCUAAGUCCAACGUAAGCAACAUGGGGGACUGACUGUCACUUCAAUCACAGCCAGGUCAAAGCCCGCUCUGUUCCGGCUUCACCAUUAGACAUUUCAUUAAAGUCAGAUGAAUAAAGUGCAAAUAAAUACGGAGAUUUCUCAAAUAUUUUGGUGCACUGUCAGCAGCCAACCACUCAUGUGCGAUAAAUACCUUUUUACUAAAACUUUCACAAAGUAAUCAAUACUUUGUCAAGAGUAAUACAAGUACACUUGUGAUCUUUGAUUGGACUCAUGGUAAAGUCGGGUCAGGGUGUGUGGAGGUUUGUCAGGAGGUGUUCCUGCACGACUUCACCCUGUGAUACUACUUGGUUGAUUAGUUGAGAAGUGUCCACUGAGAAUGGUUGUAGUAAGAUGUAUCACUGAUCUGGUAAUUGAGUAUCUUAUAUUAAAACACACCUUGAUUAAGAUGCUGACUUACCUUUAUAAACAAGUGAGCCUGAACAAGACCUGUAAGCUUUCUGGAGAAAUGAAUGCAUGACCAGGUGUGUUUUCUCAGGUGUGCAGCAGCUAACGCUGUUAAAGGUAUGUCCCCAGCUACUGUCCAAAGGCCAGGUCGGGGUCAGCGGCAUGGGGGUGGUCUCUGGUGCCGACUGUUCCUGGAAGCUGCUGCCAGAUCCAGAAAGGCCACCCAUUCUGGAAUCUAUUGCUUUCAGUCAAAAGUCUUUUUCAGCUUCUUUCAUUUCACAAAAACAAACAAAUCACAAAAACAAACAUUUGGUGUGGACAUUCUGUCAAAAUAAAAGUUCAUUUGCUGCUUGGUUACUGAUGAGUAUUUCAUCUCUUUAAAUGGCGCUCACAGUUGUUAUUUUAAUGGCAUCAUUUGUUUUUCUUUCCUUUUACCCUCUCAGGCUCAAAAUGAGUUCUGAUAAUAGGACGAACAACUGAGUCCUUCAGGGGAACUUCUGAGUUAAACAUGCUCAUGAAACACGUGUGUGGAGUAAGCAGGCAGGUGAGUUUUAACGUUGCUAAUCUGCAUCGCCAGCCUCCAGAGGGUUAAACAUUUAACGUUUUCGUCUUUCUUCCUCUUUGAACUUUUGGCAUCUUUUAUUACAUUUUUUUAAUGUUUUUUCUAAAAUUUUAAAACAUUUCUGGUUAAGAGCACAAAUCAAGACUCAUUACAUUUGGAGUGAUCCAGUGUGAACACUCAUUCUGUUGGGGGUUGUAUCUAUAAACUAAAGUAUGGUGUCAUGAGAACGAAUACAGGGGUGUGCAUUUAUUGUUUUUACUCUACGUGACUUUCCAGUGGAUUUUUGCUAAAUUUAUCUCUAACAGAAUAAGGAUAUUGGGCACAUAGACAUGCUUCAGAUUCUAAUAUUAGCACAAUUUACAAAUCAGCACAGCGAUUUCAUAACUUCUGCAAAAAUAUUUUAUACAUUGAUCGAGUUAGUAAAACAGUUCCAGCUCAAACCUGAUUUUUAGGUUUGAAUAUAAAUUAAAAGCGGACAUGAUCUCAACUCGUGUGUCUACUCACGUCCAAGGGUGAGAACAUGUCACUCACUACAUAACGAUAACUCACUAUAUCAUGUUUACUCCUUUAUUUAGUUUUUUCAUGUGGUUUAGAAAAGGUGGGAUGGUGGGUGGCCCGUUUGGUUAGAGACGCGAUGCCUGCACAGAACGUUCCUUAAAUCUGGUGGACAGUCGGUUGCUUGCAUAACUCACACGUAGUUACAUUUCAUUACCUCCAACAAACAGCCGAUUCAUAUGGCAAGAGGAUUCUGAAUCCAAGAGGAAGCUCUGAAUACUGACAGUGUUGUGCUUUGUAUUCCAAAGGAAUCAGGGUUCAUGUUUGACUCUGCUGAUGACUGCAGGAUCUGGAGUUAGUCAAGAUGCACACUUAAGACCUGGGGAGGAAAUAAAGGGUGUUGCUUUGUGUUACAGCUGGGUUACAUCACACACAAAAACAUGAACCUAAACCUUUAUUUCCACCGACAUCAUCUGAUUCAUUAAUAAGCCUAUCCACAGAAUGAGUAUAAAAGUUAAAAAAAAUGAAUCCUAAAUGUUAUUUCCCUCAUUUGACGCAUGCGUCAGUGUAGAAAUGAAACUCCCAAAGUCCUACGCAAAUAUGUUUCAUGGUGGUUGAGUGGUAGGGAUGUGUGUGUGUGUGUGUGUGUGUGUGUGUGUGUGUGUGUGUGUGCGUGCGUGCGUGCGUGCGUGCGUGCGUGUGUGUGUGUGAGAUGAGAGGUGUGUCCUGGAGUAGAAGCACGCUUCAUCACUCACCUCCUUUAAAGUGGAGGUCCUUUCUCAGCUCUUUCCUCCAACAUCACACUCUGUCUGCGUGAACUUCAUUUCCUUUGACGGAGGGAGGAGCAUAGACUAACAAGGUAAAACAACAUAAAUAAUUAACCAUUCUGGAGAUACUUGGCUAACUCUGUGAAAGAGCUCCUCCAAAAGGUGUAGAGGAAGGAGUUUCUACUUUUCAGAUAAACACGGAUGGUGCUGUGGCUGGCUCAAAAUGCUGUUUACUCUUGGACUACUCUUCCUUCUCACCCCAUUUCCCUCCUUUCAAACCACAACCAAUGAGAAGAGAGAUGCCAGAGGAAGCAAUGUGAUCAAAGCUAAUACUGUUCUCACUCUUUUAAAACCAAAAACCACUGCUAACCCUUCCAAACAGAGUUUGCACCCCACCCAAAAGCCAAACACAGUCAAUUUGACCUCUUUACCUACUCCUGUCGUUGUAACUGCAAACCAUGUGAUGGCUACCAACAGGAGGCUCAGCCUGGCUGUAAAUCAAACCACUCCAUCAGCUGCAGUACAGCCAACUACAACUAUCAGCCCCAUCAUAAACAAACAUAAAGACAAACUCAACCAAACUAUUCCAGAUAAGCUGCCUAAAUUUGGUGAUUUCAAGACAAACAAAACCAGACCUGCACCCACCAGAGCUCCAGAUGUUUCAUCAAUGUCUACAAAGCUUCCUCCAUCUGGUACAAUUGCCAAAAAAAAUCCCCAACACACUGCCAAUCACACACGUUCAGGAAAAUCUUCAUCAGCUGGUGGUGCACCUACAGCAAAGUUGGCUGAUCCCACUGGUAGAAGUGAUGAGAAGUCCAAAGCCAAGUCUGCAUCUACUAAGGUUGCUGAUCCUCUUCAGAGCAGUGAUGAGAAGUCCAAAGACAAACCUGCAUCUACUAAGGUUGCUGAUCCUCUUCAGAGCAGUGAUGAGAAGUCCAAAGACAAACCUGCAUCUACUAAGGUUGCUGAUCCCCCUGGUAGAAGUGAUGAGAAGUCCAAAGACAAACCUGCAUCUACUAAGGUUGCUGAUCCCCCUGGUAGAAGUGAUGAGAAGUCCAAAGACAAACCUGCAUCUACUAAGGUUGCUGAACCCCCUGGUAGAAGUGAUGAGAAGUCCAAAGACAAAUCUUCUCCAACCAAAAUGCCAACUGUUCAAUCAACACCAACAAAAGUCAACAAAACUGAUGGUUCUGCAACAGAAAAGUUCUCAGCCUCCACAAAUGACACUUCUUCAACACCUAGCCCUAGCACCAAAGAAAAGCUUGCCAAUUCCCAGCCUAUCAAGUUGGUCAUAAGUGAAGACUGUGACUCUAGCCAAUCAAAGGGGCAGGAGGUGACGUUGAGACCUGGCGCUCCUCUGGUGAUGACGCAUAAGAUCAGCCUGCUGCCUGGAGGCUGUACUGGGGAGUGUGAAACAGAGAUGACUGUUCUGAAAGGACGUGUGGCCAAACUGGAAAGAGAAAUGUCCUUACUUAUAGAGAAAUGUCCAUGUUCUGCAAACUGCCCAAAUGACUGUAGUGGCCAUGGGAAAUGUGAAAAGGGAAAAUGUAUUUGCCAUCAAGGAUUCUUGGGUUUGGACUGUAAGUGUAAGCAAGGUGAUUGUCUUAAAGAAUCUAAUGAGAAAGCAAAAGGGACACAGAAGGCAGACACUGAGCAAGUGGACAAAGUCAAGGAAAACAUCAGUAAAGUAGAGACCACCAGGCUGAAGAAAGGGUCUGAAGACAAGAAAACUGGAUCUAACGUAGCAUCUAAUGCAAAAGAAUUAGAGAAACUGAAUAAUCAUGAAACCGAUCAUCUAAAAGAUGAUCCUCAGUCUAAUGUGACACAGGGUAAUAAAUAUAAAAAAAGGGAUGAUUCAACUAAAGUUGAAACUAAUACUACCCUAGCUGGAGACACAAAGAAAAACAAAAAAGAAAAUGAAUUUGUGGAAAAGCCCACGCUGUCUGAAAAAAAGGAUAGUCAGUCAACUGGAUCUGACCACACUAGGAAAGUCGGUAAUAAAAAUAACCAAUCUGAAGACAAGAGAAAAACAGAUGUCAGCACUGAAACAGAGAAGGAUGCACACCAAAGUCAAAAUCCAACAAAUACAAACAAAACAAAUCUCAUUGAAAACAAAACAACUGUCCAUGGCUCUGGGACAAGCAUCAGCCAGACGGGAGGUUUAGGGUCGGUGAAGGUUGAGAACGUCUCCUCCUACAGCUUCACCAUCACAUGGCUAGCACCCAAAGGGAUGUUCAAAAAUUUCACUAUAAUCAGAAAAGUGCCACUGAUAGAGAGUGACAAAGAGGAACCCGUGAAAACCUCCAACAAUGACGUGUCUGCAACCUGGAACUCAACUGAAGUACGAAGUGAGAGCCCAAACACAACUGUCCAUUCUAGUAGAACCGCUGCACUGAAGAACAACGCUGAAACCAAGAGGAUGUCUUUGGUAGUCCCCGGCAAUGUACGCUCAGUGGAGUUCAGCAAUCUUAGAGCAGAUGAACAUUAUGUCCUGCAAAUCUAUGGAAGUUCUGCAAACAGAAGAUCCAAGAUUCACAGAGUAACAGCAACCACAGGUCCUGAGCCACCGACAGAGCUGAUUUUCAGUGAUGUCACAGAGACUUCGCUUGCUGUUUCCUGGACCAAACCAAACACCAUAUUUACAGGGUUCCGAAUAACUUACAUCCACACGGCAACAGGAAAGAGUCACUUUGUGACUGUGGGUUCUCAGCAGACGCAUGUUGUGUUGUCCAAGUUGUCCACUGGAUCAUCGUACAUCAUCACAGUAACCACAACAAAGGGCCGAGCUCAAAGUGAUGAACUCACAUCAACUAUUACUACUGUGCCUGCCCCUCCCACACACCUUCAAGUAAUCAAUGUGACAGAAACCAGAGCUGUGGUGCAAUGGACACCAAGUCUGGGGAAAGUGGACCGUUUCAUCCUUAGCUAUGAGUCCUCCAAAACUCCUAAUGUGACUGUAACAGUGAUGCUGUCAGGAAACUCGGUUCAAUACGAGCUGAAAGGCUUGCAAAGAGGCACUCUGUACAAGGUCAAAGUGCUGAGCCAAAAGGACAGCCUGAAGAGUCAAGCAGUCUCAUUCACGUUUACUACAGCAAUCAUGAUUAAAGCCCGUGAGGUCAGUGCUCGCUCUGCUGUGAUUGCCUGGAGAACUCCAUUUGUUUAUCACAGCUACAGAGUUGUCUACCAGGUGGAAGGAGAGGAGGCAAAGGAGGUGAUCUUGGAGCCCACCAUCACUGAGUACAAACUGACCGGCCUGCUGCCUUUGUCACGCUACACCGUUCUGGUACAAGGCGAGAAAAAUGGGCUCCACACCUCGGUAGUCACCUCACAAUUCACUACUGGAAAAUUGCGUUUCCCUUUCCCCACCGAGUGCUCCCAGGAGCUGCUAAAUGGAGCUCUAGAGUCAGGGGAAGUGGACAUCUACCCUCAAGGAAAGGAAGGACGAGCAGCAAGAGUUUACUGUGACAUGGAGACUGAUGGAGGAGGCUGGACGGUGUUUCAGAGAAGGAUGAACGGAAAAACUGACUUCUACAGAACCUGGGAUGACUACAAAGCUGGCUUUGGAAACUUGAGCGAAGAGUUCUGGCUUGGAAACGAACUCCUGCACAACCUAACCAGUAUGGGCCCUGUGAGCCUGAGAGUGGAUAUGACAUCUGGAAAUGACACGGCUUACGCUCACUAUGCCAGCUUCUCCAUGGCUUCAGAGGAAAAGAACUACACUCUCACUGUGUCUGGCUACACAGGAACAGCAGGUGAUUCAAUGAAGUACCAUAAUGGCCGUCCAUUCUCAGCCCGAGACAAGGAACCGGACCCCCUGGGAAUCCACUGUGCUAGGGCUUACAUGGGAGGAUGGUGGUAUAAAAACUGCUACAAGGCCAACCUUAAUGGUGUUUAUGGCAGCAACAGUAAUAACCAGGGAGUGGUCUGGAUAGACUGGAAGGGGAAGGACUCUUCUAUUCCUCUAACUGAGAUGAAGUUCAGACCCUCCAGGUUCUCCCCUGCUACUCAUGGCUGAAGAUGUGUCGUUCUCUUUGAGCAUUAAAAUCAGAAAACAAAGCAAAAAAAAGGAGAAAAGCUUCAGAAAUCCAGAUGAGGGCAAACAUCACAGCUGCUGCUGCUGGCCUCCUUCCAGCUGAACUACAAUUUAGUGGUUUUCCACAUCGGAUGCAGCAAUGAGUACAUGUGAUCCAAUGUUUAAUGUGUUUUUCUGAGCUGUUUUUGUGGUAAAUGUCACAAAAAGCUGAUAAAUGAUACUUUGUAACGUUUUAUAUACUGAUCUAAUCUUUUGCCUGACUUAUUUUUUUUAUCUUUUCACUUUUGGGUACCUCAAAACUUGGUACGCAAUCCCACUAGUACUGUAAUGAAAUAUGCACUGUCUUACUUCAUAGGAAUAAAUGUGUCUAGAGUGGG